AUGACACGAAGACUUACUAUCAGCGGCGGCCGCUCUGAGAUGGGCCUGCUUGAUCACUCGCCCGAACCGGAGACACCUCCCCCGAGUUGGACACCUGCAAAACACGAUUUUUGGAAGAAGCCGUCAAAAUGGCAGAUUUGUAUGCCUCGACUACGCCUCAUGGCCAGAGUCAUUGCCACGUUUAUUACCUUCAUUCUUCUCGUCAGGAUCAUGGGUCAGAAACCUCCUCCUCCACCGCCCCCCACGCCUCCCCCAGAACCCCCAAAGCCACCAACCGAGGAAGAAAUGAUGGAGAUUGCAAAGAAAGAGGAAUGGAUCUGGAAAGAUUUUAUAACACACGACGGUUUGACGCGUGGAACAUCACACCUCCGCUCUUGUGAAACUGAGGAGGUCGACUGUAAAAACAAGGCCCCCCGCCUCAUUCGCUAUGAUGGAUAUCGGAAUUUGGAAGAAGACCCCUCUCAAAUUGUUUCGUGCAUCGGUCCUCGCGGCGUGCCUCUGAACGAAAGCCACGAGGAUGCAAUUUGGGCAUAUCCUGGCAAGGCCACUGGUGCGGUUGACCCUACCAUCGGCUCCUACCAGGCGUCUGGAUUGGACGGUGACGUGUCCUUUGAUCGCAUCGGUCGCUUCCAGGCGUACGGCCUCGAUCAAUGGGACGCCGUCGACGUAGAAGACCUGAAGAAAGGCGGUGACAUUAAUUGGGACACGGUCAACUGGGGCGAACUGCAAGACGAGUGUGUUGCUGCGAAUAAACAGCGAUUCAGACCCUUUAAGGAACGCCCCCAGAACUCGAUUCAGUACUCAAACAUACGACACAAGCAUGACGACCCUCCGCCAAAGACGCUUUCAUCCACUCUGGAACCAGGCCUCGUCAACAAGGUGAAGCGCACGGCUAUUCUCAUUCGCGUGUGGACCGGUGCGAAAUGGACGGCCGAUGUCGUGAUGAACGUCCGUGCAAUGAUCGCCGAAGCUUCUUUAGCCAGUGGAGGAAAAUACCAAGUUUUUCUUCUCUUGCAUGUCAAGGAUGAAAGUAUUCCGCUCUUUGUCGGAGAAGAUGAACCGCAGUCGACGAUUGAAAAAUACAUUCCUCCGGAGUUCCGCUCGAUCACAGAAGUCUGGAAUCAUGCUCAAAUUCGAGGUUUAUACUCGGGUCUCGCUGAGCACGCCUUUGUAGGAAGAAGCCCUUGGAUGAUAAUUCAAUGGUUUGCACGCAAUCACCCCGAGUUUGAUUUCUUCUACCAAUGGGAAUUCGAUGUACGUUACACCGGCCACUACCUGGAUUUCUUCGAAUCCGUGGGGAAAUUCGGCAGAAAGCAACCUCGAAAAGGAAUUUGGGAACGCGCCGGGAGAGUCUACAUUCCUGCUGUGCAUGGCGACUUUGACACCGACUUCCGAAUCUCGACCAAAAAUGAAGAUCCUCAUCAUGUCUGGGGUCCGGUCACUGUGGAGGGAGUCAAACCCCGUGGACCUAAACCACCAAAAGAAGCCGAAGACAAUUACGAAUGGGGAGUGGGAGAAGAUGCCGACUGGAUUGGUUUCUUACCAAGUUUCAACGUCACUGGUACCAACUGGUGGUUCCGGGAUUAUCUAUGGGGUUAUGCCCAAGGCAAAUCAACUCCGAGAAGAGCCACUCUGAUUGCACAAGGCCGAGUUAGCCGGCGGGUCUUGGAUAUUAUGAACUAUGAAAAUGCCGAGAACGGACAUCAUAUUGAUGCCGAAAUGUUCCCGCAAACCAUGUGUCUCCAUCACGGGUUGAAAUCGACGACCUUUCCUCACCCAAUCUUCGCCGAUCGUUUCUGGCCGGAGGACGCCUUACAAUCAACAUUCAACGGUGGACCCUUUGGACAGGCUGGAGGCUAUUGGAACAGCACUUUCAGCAAAUGGAAUGAAUAUGCCUGGGCCAACAUGACCUGGUAUUACAGUUCUGCACAGGCUAUGCCGGUCUUCCAGAGGCUCCUUGGUGUCACUGCUCUCGAAAGUGGUGGCCCAGAGUGGGAAGGCGUUUAUGGGAGGACUGUCGUUCGUCCCAUGUUGCUUCACCCGGUCAAGGGCGGUAAAACAUGGCAAUGGACCGAAGAUGGAUGGCUUCAGACUAGGGGUGGAAAAUGA